ACAGCAGAGAGCAGCAGAGAAGAGAGCGGCUCAUUCAGCAGGACGGUGGCAGGGACACGUUGGACAAUAAUAUUACUAACCUUUAAUAAUGGUAGGCGUAUGAGUGAAUGGCACUGACAGCCAGGCAGAGGGGAUGAUUGGCGUCUGAUUAUUAAAUAUGACUUUAUGAGGAAUUUCAUAUGACAUCACUCCCAGCAGCGGCAACCUCUGCACAGAAUGACAGCAUGUCGUUUAGGUAAAAGUUCAGGGAGGUGGAGGAGGGGAUGGUGUGCCUCAGUAACAAAGAGUCUUUCAUCCAGUCAUACACUGAAGCCACUGGUUCCCACCCUCUUCCUAGUGGUCGUGGUGAUAUACGGACUGGCUGACAAACUACGAAACUUUGUGGCCGGUAUCUUCAUCCCGCAGUACCACUACCCGUAUGCAGUGGCUCUCUGCUUUGCCCAGGUCCUGCUCUCUCUCUUAGUCUUAAAUCUCCUCCAUGUCCUGAAUCUGGUGCCUCUGAAGCAUUACUCCCGGUCCCUGGGUGAGAGGUUGCUGGUGCCGUCUGUCAGUAACAGCAUCCAUGGCGUGAUGGCAAUGUGGGCCAAGGCUAGCUGCUCGUAUGCCGGCCUCUACCCCGUCACCCUGCCUCUGCUGCCCAUAGUAACCGUGGGCUUUAGUGUCUGCAUGAAGCUGGCAUCCCCACCAUCUAUCCACAUCUCUGUUCUGAUUUCCAUUCUGAGUGGGACAUCUUUUGUCAUCACAGUCUCCCAGGGUCUGGCAGGUAUCGAGCCUCUGGAGUACAUGUAUGCACCUCUGGCUUUAAUCCUCCACAGUCUGUCCCUGACUUGGCUGGGUAAGGUGUCUGAGGCUGAGCGUCACCACCCCCCUGAUGCCCAAGCCUCCAUUUUUGACAUCUACUACACCCAGCUGGUCAACCAGAGCUGGGUGCUGGGCCUCCUGUGGCUGCUGCACCCGGACAGUCCCUGGCAGGUGCUGAGUCGCGGCAACUGGCACAGCCUGCUGUUCCAUGGAUACCUGCUCGCUAUUCUCCUGCUAGGGAUGGUACUGAACUUCCUGGUCGGUAUAUCAGCUCUGUGUGUCUCCCCGCUAGCGGCUGCAGUGCUACACUCAGCGAAGCAAAUGGGACAGCCGCUUUUACACCUUUUGUAGUUUUGAAAGGACUAAGAAAAAUGAUGACUGUUCUGUAGUGUUACUAGUAUAGUACUAUACUAGUGUAUUUUAAUGCACAUCAUUGACCACAAUGCCAUUUUAUUCUUUGGAGAAAAACAAGUACAACUUUGUUUCUUCCGUUCACAGUAACAUAACUUGUGCUACUGAGUCACUUUUCCUUACAUAAUAUGAUCAAAUAAUAAUAUUAUAAUACAGUCAGUUGACAGUGUCAGCAGAAAAGCAACCUGCAUUCAAGUAACUGCAACCAUGAUAGCAUAUUGCAAACAUAUAAAAAGCUAAUGAUUUACAGUCGAGUCCAAAAGUUUUUUUUAUUGCCAUGCAACAGUGUUGGUAGUAAUUGUUUUGAUACAGCAUGGUAGCUCAGUUCCAGUGCAAAAAGAAUAGAGAAAAGAAAACAAGCAAACGGAUGCCUAAACCAUAACGACAACGCACACAAAAACGCAUAAAUGUGAAAAUAUGUACAGUGAAUACGUUUGAUGUGUACAGUUCAGUUCCCCAGAAUAUCCAGGUCAGAUCAGAACUACUUUAUUAAGAUUAUGUGGUUUGAAAAUGACAUACAUUAAGACAUUUAGAUUACUCACAUAUUUAUUAUAACUACUAACACAUGCACUGCAUAUGGCCUCAAUACAUAUAUUCUUUUUUAAGCAAUUGAGAACCAGCAUCUCUAAAGGACUGGGCUCAGUAUAUCCAAAUCAUUUAAAGACCCAACCACAUAAUUAUCUCCUUGUUCCAGUUGGGUGGAGAACAUUAGGUACUUUUUAACAACAAUGAUAGACAGACCUGUGGCCUUUAUGAGACAGCAAGACCAGCUCUUCGACAAUGAAACAAGUACUAAUAAGCAGCAUGGGUCAAACAAUACUGGCUUUCUCUUAGAGCUAAAGGUGAGAGUAAUAUAGAGCAAAUGUCAAGAAUAUUUUAAUCUAAUGUAUAUUCAUGAGUAAAUCUGAGGAGAAUUGUACAUUUUUUUACAGUGAUAGUGGACACAGUGUUAGACCCAACACUAUAGUAUAUGCGACAUAAUCGACUCAUCAGUAUUUAAGAGGUUUAAACUUUCAUGUUUUAUUGGAUGAAUUAGAUGAUAAAGUUCUGUGGAAGUUGUCCUUGAAUGAUUCUGACAUUUUUUUCAGAUGAGAAGGGAUAAUGAUGAAGACUGGGUUGUUCAUACUUGUAAUGUUUACUUAACAUUUAAACAAAGACUCUAUACAAAGACUAAAACACUAAUCAGGUUUGUGGACAUUGCCCUUGAAUGAAUCUGACCGCUAAGGUUUAUCAGAUGAGAAGGGAUAGUGACACUCAUUUCUACAUAAAGUUAUUAUCAAAAUUACAUUGUGCUGUAAUGUAAGAAUAUGCUUUUAUUAUUAUUUAAUUAGCGUUGAUGUAUGUAUAUGUGUUACAUUGAAUAUCUUACUAUUUCACAUGCUUAAAGGUCCCCUCCAGGCAUGUAUUAGACACAUACUGUAUACAAAUAGUCUGCUUGGAACAAUGUGUCUUAUUUGUUUUUCCUGCUGCACAGAAAAGUAUGAUUUUAACAUUAAAAUCCUUAAAAAGGAAUCUUCUACCUCAUUAGAAAAUCAAGAAUCUAUGAAUAUGCACAUUGGCUCCACCCUUUAAAAUCAGAGAACUUUUCCACUUUCAGCAGAUGACCGAGAAAACCUCCUUCUAGAGUCAAACUCUGCACAUACAUGCACAGUGAAACUCUGCACAUCCAACUGUAGGAACAAGAAGAACAACAUAGUUUUGAGUGGAGGGGGCCUUUAAACAAGCACAGUGAUAAAAAUGUUGAACUACCUGAUGAUGGUGCACCAAAGAGAAUCUGUAUGCAUUUAAUAAACUGAAAUGACAC